AUGACAAUAUCUACAACAACUAAUAACCAACAACAACAUCAGAAAGUGGUGAAUUCAACUUUUAAUCUAUAUACUUGGUUAAAAUCAGUAUUUCAAUAUUGUAUAUCAUUAAUCCUUUCAUAUGGUUCCAACUGGUUAUUAGUGAAUAAUAACCAACAACACAUCAACUACAAUAGCAAUGACAAUGACAAUGACAUCACAUCAGUUAAAGUUAAACAGUCUAAUGUAAAACCUGAAUCAACGAAAAUAUUCCCUGAUUUACAAAAGAGCAAUUUCACAACUUAUACUGCAGAAAAACCACUCCAUCAAGAUAUUUUGAAACCAGUAAUUUGUUCAACUGGUAUUACUAGUAGGAUUUUACCUUAUACCAAUGACAAAGGUGAAUUAGAAUGGAAAUUUACCGAAGUACAGGGGAAAGAAUUGGAUGAAUUUAAAAUACAUCCACAACCAACAAUUAAACAACAAUUAUCUCCUGCUGAUAGUAAUGAAAGCCUCCCUAAAGACAGUUCAAUAACCCCAGCUAGUAUAAGUGAUUCUCCACUGCAUUCUGAAACUGAAUCAACAGUUGCAAACGCUAAUCAAUUAUUUAAAUGUCCUGAUUGUGAUGCAGAAUUUAGAGUUCGUGGUUAUUUAACAAGACAUAUGAAGAAACAUUCAACGAAAAAAGCUUAUACAUGUCCAUUCCAUGAUAAAAGUAUUUAUGUUGAUGAAAAUAAUAUCACUCAUAAAUGUCAUUCUAGUGGAGGGUUUUCUAGAAGGGAUACUUAUAAGACCCAUCUUAAACUGCGUCAUUUUAAUUAUGAAAAACCAAUCAAAUCAGCUGAACGUUCUAAAGUUCCUGGACAAUGUGCCAUGUGUGGAGAGCAUUUUAGUAGUGCUGAGAUAUGGUGUGAGAUUCAUGUUGAAGGUGGAGAAUGUAAAUUUUUACCAAUGGGGUUCAAAGGUAAAUCAAGAAUCAAGAAUAGAUUGAAGAAACAAAUACAAAAGAAUAAAAUGAUUGAUCCUGAAUUGGUUCCAUUUGCUAGUAAAGUUUUAGAAGAAGUUGAACAAGAACGACAAAAGAAGAAGAAUUAUAAAACUCAUACUACUACUGAAUCAUCAAUACAUUCUCAAGAGAGUGAAAGUUCAGUAGAUUCUACACCAUUACCAAUGCCAAUUUCUGCACCAGUACCGAUGUCAGUGCCAAUCCCAACUUCUCAACACCACCACCAUCAACAACAACAACAACAAGCACAGCAACAACAUCAUCAUCAAGUACAACCACAACAACAAUCAAUUGCUACACCAGCAUCGAUAUAUUCUUCUUCCUCGUCCUCUGCAUCAUCAUAUGAAUCCACUCAUUCACCAUAUACUCCACAAUCAUCUCGUUCACCAUUAAGUCAUAUGUAUAAUCCACAACAGCCAGUGUAUUUCAAUCAAAUUGUUCCAACUCAUGUACAAGAGUCUCAAAAAAGUCAAGUCAAAGAUGAUUAUGAUGAUGAAUAUUGUCUUGACGUUGAUCAAUUGAAUAGUACGUUUGUCAAUGAAAUUGUUGCCAAUUAUUUACAAAUUCAUGAUUUCCAUUCAAUGAAUCAACAACAACAACAACAACAACAACAACAACAACAUCAACCAGGACAACAUCAACAACAAUAUCAACAACCAUCUAUGUAUUUAUGA